AAAUUGUGAACCAAAAUAUGCAGGAAUAUAUAUAACUGCCAGACCAACUCUGAACUCUGAUCUUCCUUCUCAAGCACACAUACACUUAUCCUAAAUCGGAAGAGAAUAAACAGAAAACUAACUAACAUCAUGCCGGCGACCGACAACCAAGGUUCGUUCCUGAACCGCAUAAUCAUCCGCCGCAAUUCCCAGGUGGUCUCUAUGGAAAACAACCACGAAGAACUCGACCUCGAACUCUUUCAGAAACACGUCGCCGACCGCUUCUCCGACCUCGACGCUCCCUCCGCCGCCGCCGAUCACGCCCCUCUCCUUUCCAUCUCCUGGUUCCGGAAGCUUCUCGACGUUUUGCUCCUCUGCGAGGCCGAGUUUAAAGCCGUCGUGCUCACCGGACGCGAUCCUUCUCACUUCUCCAAGCCGCCGCUGGACCGCCUGGUCCCCGACCUCCUCGACCGCUCCGUCAAAGCUCUCGACAUUUGUAACGCCGUCACUCACGGAAUCGAGCUCGUCCGCGGCUGGCAGAAGCUCGCGCAGAUCGCGGUAACGGCGUUAGAGCAGAAGCCGUUAGGGGACGGCGGCCUGCGACGCGCCAAAAAGGGGCUCAAUUCUCUGCUGACGUCAUUGGCGGGAGAAGAUAAGGAGAGUAAUAGUAGUAACGGUCACGCGAAAUUCUCGGAGCGGACCUGGUCGUUAAGCCGUCACGGCGGCGGCGCAACCGGCAAGGAAAAGACCGCCGAGAAUUUCCGGUCCGUGGCCAGGUCUUGGUCAGCCGCGAAACAGAUUCAAGCCAUGUCGUCCAAUCUGGUAGCGCCACGUGGGUGGGAGCCGGCGGGGCUGCCGGUUUACGUCAUGAGCACGGUUCUGGUGUUCGUGAUGUGGGCUUUAGUGGCGGCAAUCCCUUGUCAGGAGAGAAUUGGGCUUCCGGCCCAUUUAUCGACUCCCAGACAACUGGGCUGGGCCCAAUCCCUAAUUGGGCUUCAAGAGAAGAUUGGCGAGGAGUGGAAGAAGAAGGAGAAGAAAGGCACGUGUGGGUUGCUUGAAGAGGUUCAGAGGAUGGAGAAGGUGGCUCAGUCUCUGCUUAAGUUUACGGAGUCUAAUCAGUUCCCGUUGGAAGAGGAUAAGGCGGAAGAAGUGGCGGCGCAGGCGGCGGAGAUGGCGGAUAUUUGCCGGAAAAUGGAGGAGGGGCUGUUGCCAUUGCAGCAACAGGUGAGAGAGGUGUUUCACAGGAUCGCCAGGAGCAGGGCUGAAGUGCUUGAUGUUCUUGAUCAAGUUGGUAAAUAGUCAUCAGCUGUGUCAUAUUAAAACCACACCUAUUCACCUAAACUGAAAUGGUCUUUUUAGUUUUUAAUUUUUUUUAUUGGAUAUUCUUGGUUCUUUUGAUUUGUAAUCAACAAAGUCUGUCUCUUAGUAUAUCCAUUUUGAGAAUUUUUUUUUUUCAA